UGGAUACCAUGAGCAAUCAACCUGACGUCAUCUAAAGUUUUCAAUAGCAAUAGACUGGAUCUUACAAAAUUCUGUUAGAACUGGACUAUUUAUCGAGCAAGAGCUAGCGACAUUCCAGAUUAACAGUUUCUCUACACUAAUAACGCGAGUUUUUUCAGAUAUCAAAAGAGUGAUCGCUGGGAGAAAAUUUCAUUAAUUUUAGAGGCCAACAUAUAAAAUGAGAAUAUAAAGAUCGAAACUUCGGAUUCGAAUAAGAGACCAUGUGAUCUUUUGACUGUCAGCUAUAUACGAACUCACAAGAACUUGCUCGACUCGCGCACUUCUUAAUUACGUACCAUCACCUACUGAUAUUCACCACAGGCAUAUCGCUACAACAACAACAGAGUUGAUUGACCGACGCUUGCUUGAUUUUGCGAGUUUAACUGCUUGAGACUGACACAGCAACGCGUUAUUAUCAAAAUAUUUUCGUUCUUCCUGUACGCGCACAUAAAAAUUGGCAGAGCAGAGGCACGAAUGCAUUUCUUAUUAAACAAGUUUCAAGCGCAGAAAAGCGCAGUGUAACUGCAACUACGUGAGAGUAAUAUCGAAAAAACACACGCGUGCGGCGCAAAAUUUUGCGCAAAUACAAUGUUUAUAACAAAAUUGAAUUUUGUAAUAAUAACGGUACUCACCUGUUCUGUAGCGGCCGGUUCGCGCAUACUCGGGCUCUUCGCCACAUAUUCCAAAUCGCAUAUGCUGCUCCAUUGCACCGUCGCCGAGCAGUUGGCGCGCGUCGGACACGACGUCACCGUGAUUGGUGUUAUCGAAAAUGUUUAUCCGAAUGCCACAUACAAAUAUAUACACUUACAACUGCCGGAUGGAGGUAUUAUAGAUGACAAAACGCUAAAUAGUCUGAUUAAUACUCGGCACUCGUUUGUAAAGAGCUUAUUUGUCACAACCGCAGAAUACUUGCGCAUGGCUAAUGAGACGCUGUGGCAGCCGAAAAUGCGUGAGUUUUUAAGUGAAAAUCAUGCGAACGCAUUUGAUCUUCUGCUCUUCGCUUAUGUCAUGAACGACUUCCAGAUGGGCUUGGCGGCGCAUUUUCAAUGUCCCAUUGUGGUUUUGUGGGUAGUGCGACCGGCAUUGCAAGUCAACGGUCUUGUUGGUAAUCCGCUAGAAAUGGCAUAUGUACCGAACAUAUCCAGUCAUCUUCAGCAGCCGAUGGAAUUUCUGCAAAGAGUGAAAAACUGCAUUACAACAUGGCUAGAGUCUGCGUUAAUGGCGUAUCUGGACUACCGCACGCAACAAUUAUAUGAGUAA